ACCACUGCGCACGGGCGCGCUUUCGAGAUCAACGACCGUGCCCCUUCCUAAUCGGGAGAGCGCCUUAGCGAGCCAAUCACUGCAACUCGCUCUUACUUGUGAGUUUCGAAGUUGCUGUUCCCGCUGCAAAACAGCGUUGAUGUUCUUGCGCCGCUUUCCAGCGCGCCUUCUGAGUUGAUUUUCCAGGCAGCCGCCCGCCCCCCGUGCACUUAUUAACCUCGCCCGCCCGCCUCCUCCCUCUCUCAUCCACCACACCAGCUCCACUCCUCAGCCUCAACAAUCAUCUUCAUCAACACAACCCACAUCAACAGUCAUGGCCCGCACUAAGCAGACCGCCCGUAAGUCCACUGGUGGCAAGGCUCCCCGCAAGCAGCUCGCUUCCAAGGCUGCCCGCAAGUCCGCACCAUCAACCGGUGGUGUCAAGAAGCCUCACCGCUACAAGCCUGGUACCGUCGCUCUUCGUGAGAUCCGUCGUUACCAGAAGUCCACCGAGCUUCUCAUCCGCAAGCUGCCCUUCCAGCGCCUUGUUCGUGAGAUCGCUCAGGACUUCAAGUCGGACCUCCGCUUCCAGUCCUCCGCCAUCGGUGCUCUGCAGGAGUCCGUCGAGGCCUACCUCGUCUCUCUCUUCGAGGACACCAACCUCUGCGCCAUCCACGCCAAGCGUGUCACCAUCCAGUCGAAGGACAUUCAGCUCGCCCGUCGUCUCCGUGGUGAGCGUGGUUAAGCUCGUCACUUCUUGACGUCGGCCUCAUGACAACCUCUUGGUCGGCGACGGAUAUUUGGUUACUUUCUUUGGGCGUUUUCACGGAAUCAUGGUCACGGUCUUCAACUCGGGUUUAUGGGGGCACUUGAGCGGUGCUGAGCAUGUAGUAUAUCCAGCUAAUCAGUGAAUGGUUCACUGACGAUUGAUGAAUCAAUCGUUCAAACUUCAAA